AUGACAACUUCCGAUGAUUACGAAAGUCUUCCAGAUUCAAUGCAUCCAGCUAUACAUAUGGCUGCUGGAGCAUUAGCUGGUAUUGGUGAACAUUGUAUUAUGUAUCCAAUUGAUGUAGUUAAAACUAGGAUGCAAUGCAUUAAUCCUGAUCCUCAUGCAAAAUAUCGAGGAAUAGUACAUGCUAUGCGAGAAAUGAUGACUAAUGAAGGCUUUUUUAGACCUGUUCGUGGCAUGCAUGUUGUAGCUAUAGCAGCUGGACCUGCUCAUGCACUUUAUUUUUCCUGUUAUGAAAGAAUGAAAUUAUUACUUAGCGGAAGUUCCCAAGUUGGUCAUAAUCCAUUAGCUAAUGGAUUAGCCGGUUGUUUCGCUACUUUGUUGCAUGAUGCAUUAAUGGUACCUGCCGACGCUAUCAAACAGCGUCUUCAAAUAUAUGCAUCUCCAUAUUCUGGUGCAAUGGAUUGUUUACGUAAAAUCCGUCAACGUGAAGGUCUAUCUGUACUAUAUCGAAGUUAUACAACACAAUUAACAAUGAAUAUUCCAUUUCAUUCAGUACAUCUUAUUGUUUAUGAAUUAUUCCAAGAUGAACUAAAUUAUGAACGAGCGUAUGAUCCAAUAUCACACGUUAUAUCAGGUGCUGCAGCUGGUGCCCUAGCUGCAGCCAUAACAACACCAUUAGAUGUUUGUAAGACACUAUUAAACACACAAGAGUGUUGUUUAGUAUCCACUGGUGGCCCAACAUGUGUAUUAACUAAAAGUUCAACUAUAACAUCGGCAACAGCAACAACACCAAAUAAAGCAUUCGCCACUGAAGAAGCAAAAGGACUUAUAAGCGCAGUUCGAUUAAUAUAUAUGAAAGGUGGACUAACGGUAUUUUUCAAAGGUUUAACACCACGUGUUCUUUAUCAGAUGCCAAGCACAGCCGUUGCUUGGUCUUGUUAUGAGUUUUUUAAACACUUUUUUUCCGGAAAAUCAACAGUAUUAUGA